UACUGUCACAACAGAUGAACAUGCGGAAAGAAAAAAAAAGAGCGAACCUUUAUCAGUCGCUUUCGUUAAUUCAAAGCUUUAACGUAGAAGAAGCUGAUUUAAAUCCCAAAUUCAUUUCAACGUAGAAGCUUCUACAGAUUCGAUUAGGGUGAUUUUGUUUUGGUUUUGGUUUUUGGUAAAGCUUCUCCGUCACUUGCUCGGUGAUUGAAACUAAAUCGAUUGUGAUUGUGAGGUUAGAGAAGGAAUUAUGGCUCAAGCCGUAGAAGAAUGGUACAAGCAGAUGCCGAUUAUAACCCGGUCGUAUCUCACGGCGGCUGUAGUCACCACCGUCGGAUGUUCGCUCGAGAUUAUAUCUCCUUAUAAUCUCUACCUAAAUCCUACCCUUGUGGUGAAGCAAUACCAGUUCUGGCGUCUUGUUACAAAUUUCCUUUAUUUCCGAAAGAUGGAUUUGGACUUUUUGUUCCAUAUGUUUUUUCUAGCUCGAUACUGCAAAUUGCUCGAAGAAAACUCCUUUAGGGGAAAGACUGCGGAUUUCCUUUACAUGCUCUUAUUCGGGGCAACUGUUCUAACUGGUAUUGUUCUCAUCGGCGGGAUGAUACCUUAUUUGUCUGUGUCAUUCUCCAAAAUCAUCUUCCUCAGCAAUUCAUUGACUUUCAUGAUGGUCUAUGUAUGGAGUAAACAAAAUCCUUACAUCCACAUGAGUUUCCUUGGCCUGUUCACUUUCACAGCAGCGUAUUUACCAUGGGUACUUCUUGGAUUCUCUAUCCUUGUUGGUGCAAGUGCAUGGGGUGAUUUUCUGGGGAUGAUAGCGGGUCACGCAUACUACUUCUUAGCGUUUGUGUAUCCUCGAAUGACGGAUCGACGUCCCUUGAAGACUCCAUCUUUCCUCAAAGCCCUAUUUGCUGAUGAGCCAGUCGUGAUUGCACGGCCAGAAGAUGUGAGGUUUGCUCAUGCGCCUUUUGAUGAAAUCCACCAAGACUGAAUCUUGAUCCUCCACAAAGCACCAGCCACACUCACAGUUGCAGUGCAUUCAGAUAAUGUUAAAAGGGCAUCCAUCGACUCUUGACCUUUAUAGUUGUGGAUAAUGUGGAAGUGAGAUGGUGUUGGGUCUGAUUUUUUCCCUUGUUUUCUGUUUGAUUUUCUUGUCCGAUACAGCUUGACUCCUUGUGCAUAUGAACUCAAAUUGUGUACAAAGUCUUCAAUGUUCUAGUUUAUAGUUCAGUCAAUAGAUCA